AUCUGCUUCUCUCUCUUCAGUGGUCUUAAAUCUCUCUGUGUGAUCCCACUUGUCAUCCUCCUCCACAACAUCAAAACCUCCGGACCGAAACCCUUUUAUCAUUUUUUUGCCUAAAGCUUUCGAUGAAUACAUCAAUGGCGUCCUCCUCCCUUUCCCCUGCUACUCAGCUUGGUUCGAGCAGAAGCGCUUUGAUGGCGGCGAUGUCGCGUGGGUUGUACGUGAAGCCAACGAAGACGAAUCAUCAAAUGGUAAAAAAGGAGAAGACUGGGUUGAGAAUUGCUUGUCAAGCGUCGAGUAUUCCAGCAGACAGAGUUCCAGAUAUGGAAAAGAGAAAGCUUUUGAAUCUUCUUCUUGUUGGAGCUCUUUCUCUCCCUACUGGCUAUAUGCUUGUCCCUUACGGUUCCUUCUUUGUUCCUCCUGGUACCGGAGGUGGGGGUGGUGGUACUCCAGCCAAGGAUGCACUUGGUAACGAUGUACUUGCAACGGAAUGGCUUAAGACUCAUGGUCCCGGUGAUAGAACCCUCACCCAAGGAUUGAAGGGAGAUCCGACUUACCUAGUUGUGGAGAACGACAAGACUCUAGCAACAUACGGUAUCAAUGCAGUGUGCACUCAUCUUGGAUGUGUUGUCCCAUGGAACAAAGCUGAGAACAAGUUUCUAUGUCCUUGCCAUGGUUCCCAAUACAACGCCCAAGGCAGAGUCGUUAGAGGUCCAGCGCCAUUGUCGCUAGCGUUGGCUCACGCUGACAUAGAUGAUACUGGGAAGGUUCUUUUUGUUCCAUGGGUGGAAACUGACUUUAGGACCGGUGAUGCUCCAUGGUGGUCUUAAGUCAAGACUCUUCAACGAUCUUCAACAAGAGAAGAAGAAAGAUUUGGUCUUUUUGUGUAAGACUUGUUCGGAUGUUCUUAUAAUGUAAAAGCUGUCUGUAAUCAUACAUUUCUUGGCAUUACUCUGUGAAUUCUUGCCUCUUAUAUGAAAUAUUAUGUUCAGUCA